CACUGCGGGCCUCCCUCGCCGCAGCGUCUGGCUCCUCCCAAGCCGGAGCCCGGGCGGGAUUGGAGCCGGCCGCUGCCGGUCCCAGAAUUGAGGCUUGCGGAGUGUCUGCAGGUUUCCAGGCAGGUUGAUUUCGAGACAACAUGUCUGCUUCGGUGAAAGAAAGCCUUCAGCUUCAGCUGCUGGAGAUGGAAAUGCUGUUUUCUAUGUUUCCUAACCAAGGAGAAGUAAAACUUGAAGAUGUAAAUGCCCUGACGAAUAUAAAGAGGUAUUUGGAAGGCACAAGGGAGGCGCUGCCACCAAAAAUCGAAUUUGUGAUUACGCUCCAGAUUGAGGAGCCCAAGGUGAAAAUUGAUUUGCAAGUAACCAUGCCUCACAGCUACCCCUAUGUAGCAUUGCAGCUGUUUGGACGGUCACCUGAGCUUGACAGACAUCAGCAGCUACUUCUCAACAAAGGUCUCACUUCUUACAUAGGGACUUUUGAUCCAGGUGAGCUGUGUAUAUGUGCAGCAAUCCAGUGGCUACAGGACAACAGUGCAUCCUAUUUCCUGAACAGAAAGCUCGUGUACGAACCAUCUACACAAGUAAAGCCAGUCAAGAACACAUUCCUCCGAAUGUGGAUCUAUAGCCACCAUAUAUAUCAGCAGGACCUAAGGAAAAAGAUUUUGGAAGUUGGGAAAAGGUUAGAUGUGACUGGAUUUUGCAUGACAGGAAAGCCUGGUAUAAUCUGUGUGGAGGGUUUCAAAGAGCACUGUGAGGAGUUCUGGCACACAAUUAGGUACCCUAAUUGGAAGCAUAUCUCCUGUAAGCAUGCGGAAAGCAUGGAGACGGAAGGAAAUGGCGAGGACCUGCGCCUUUUCCAUUCUUUUGAGGAGUUACUCCUUGAGGCCCACGGUGACUAUGGGUUAAGGAAUGACUAUCACAUGAAUCUGGGCCAAUUCUUAGAAUUUCUCAAAAAGCACAAAAGUGAGCAUGUUUUUCAGAUAUUAUUUGGUAUUGAAAGCAAAAGUUCAGAGUCCUAGGAACCUAUUAAGAAGCCUUUACUCAUAAUUUCACUAAGUCGGUAUUUCUGUUAAUAAGACCAAAAAAAAAAAAAGGCCUGUGGCUGUGUAGCUUCAUUGUGAGAAACCUAGCUCCAGAAUUUUCACGUGGCAAUGAAUUUCAGCUGAUAAUGAGACAAAUAGGCCUUUUAACUUUAUAACAGUGAAAUUAUGAUGUUAUCUCUAGGUUCUUGUGUUAAAUCAUUUAAAAAACGAUUUCAUUGUAUAUUAAUAAAAAGAGUCUAUUUAAACAGUGAGGCUGAUUUGAUUAAAGAGGAGUCCAAAGGCAACAGUUAACAUUGAUGUUAACUUGAUUUUUGAGAAUCAAACUAUAGUUAUGAAUUCAUAAAUGUGAAUAACAUUUCUCCCUUUCAUGAUGCUAGCACACAGGUGACACAUCAACUUUCCUUUCUUUGGAAAUGGAUCUAAAUCAAGUUUAAAAUAAGAACAAAAAGAAACUACGUGUUUACUUCACCUCUUAAACUAUUUUGAGUGUGUUCUUUUAGUAAAACUAGAUCCUAACAGCCAUGGCUGUUAGGAAUAGAAAUGAAGUCUCCAGAGUAAUGAAGAUGACAUACAAUUCUACGUGUGUUCUAUGAUGUUUAUUUACAUCAGUUGGAUAAUGAUACCAAUAUUCUUAGUUCAAUUUUUACCCACAAAAAUACAUGGUUUCUUACCUACAAAAUGUUCUCCUGGUUUCAUCCAACCUUUGUGUACCAGAGUGCAUUACGAAGCAGGGUGAGAGAGUGUUGGGAGGGGACCAUUGUGGUUGGUUGCAUGAUCACCUUACUGGGAACAAAAUAUCAAAUUCUACAGUUUGGUGAUAAGUUAUAAACAUCUCUUCUGAAAAUUCUAAGUUCCAGAGGCUUCAGCCUUUUUCAAAAUGAGAGAUGAUUUUAAUGAUAAAAACCUCAUUUAAGGUAGAUAUCCAUCCUCCCCGAAAGUGUUCAGGAGUCUCACCAGCACUAAGGGCUGUCAUGAGCAGCCUCUGCAGCUUUCCCUGUUUCCGUAGUCUCUCCUUAGCUACUGCUGCCCUUUCCGGAAGCUUUCCAUUGUCCUGCUGGGUCCCUGGCACUUCCACUGAUGCUGGUGUCCUGCUUCCCUCAGGAUGCCAAAGCUGGAUGCUGAGAUUUAGUAACAGGGACCCCUCCACAUUUUGUGACACAUCCCAUUAGAUGCCAAACAGUGCUGCCUGUGCCGGGAACCUUACAGAACUUCUGAUGAAACCGUGCCUUCUGGUUUUACGCUGACCCUAGGAUGCAGACACAUGUCCUUGGGCUAGGGAGGGGACAUAAUGGACCAGCAGACCUGUACCCAUGAGGCCUUGGGGAACAGGGUCUACUUUGUCCCGCCUGCUUUCUUAGCUCAGAAUGAGUUUCCUCUCAGGGCACGCUCAGACCGUCCAGCCAAGGCUCAUUGUGGGCCUGCCCUGCCAGAUCAUCCAGCUUGCCCAUCGUGUUUCCAUCCUAGUUGUGGACAUGCUGGAACUCAAGUGGGGACCUCAUGCUUAACAUAUAUACAAAGGGAAGAGAUAUGACGCUGCCAAAGAUUCAUUUCUCAAUGUUUACCAUGACUGAAAACAACAAAAUAUAGGAGUCAUUUUCCUACAGUCUCCCCACAGCUAUUAAUAAGUAUAAUGUUCACAAGAUUUUAGAGCCUCAACAGAUAUAACUUCAAUAAACUUUUUUCCUUUGAAAUGUAACAAUAUGUGCCAUCUACCCACCUCAUAGAGGUUUUUGUUUCUAUGAUUAAAUUAGCAAAAGCUACGGAAAGAUAAGCAUAAAGAGCUAAAAUAUAGAACAAAAAAUACAUGAUUUUUUUGUAUCUAAAACAUAGGAAAUAAAUUCUAGUUUAUGAACUCAUUACUGUUUCUGGAGCUAUUUCUGAUGAUAAUUUUCAGAACUAACUUCUAUAUGGCCAAUCUGAGCAUUUGUCAAUACUUUUUUUCCUAUCAGGAACACUAGUGAUAGACAUUUAUUAUGGGAGAAAUAUAGGUUUUACAGAAAAAACAAAACUCAAAAAAUACAUAUAAUUCAAAACUCAGCUUUGCAUGUACAGGAGAUUUCUGGUUGUGUUUGCACAGCCUGAUAAGAGCACAUACAACAACCCUUCACACCCUGCACACAUGUACACAGCGCUUACCUUGGGGGGCCCCCUUCUCUAUACGUUGGGGGAGAUCCUGGGGAGAUGCUUUUGAGCUCUUGCUGCUUAAAUGCCUAGUGCCACCCUCAGUUUUGGGUGUUCAUCAGCACCUCUGAGCUACCCAACAUCUUCCCUUUUGUUCUUGGAAGUCAAAAUCAGUCUCUAUGGCUUGUAACAUAAGAAUCCUGAUACUGUAUAUAUUAUAUUUUUAAAUGGUUAUUUUUGAAGAGUGCUUCUUUAUAAAAGUUACAGCAUGUCUUUAAAUUGUACUGAAUUAAAUCAAGCAUAUUUUCAAAUGUG